GUCAAGGCCAGGAGCAGACACGCGAGGCUCGGGAGGCGUGACCUUGGAGGAGGCGUGCUCAUUCUCCGGAAGACCCCGGGAGGGGCGGCAUGGAGGGGAGCAGCUCUCAGGGAGACCUAAAGCCCAAAAAUGUUUUAAAGAAACCCCGGAAAGGCUCUUGGAGAGCAAGCUGGGGCCAGCAUGAAAUCAAACUGCUGCUAGAGGCCAUCUUCAAGACGGGCAAAGUCCACCAGAUCAUUUCGGGAAACAGUCAGAGAAAGAGCAAGCUCUGGAGAGAGGUCACUGAGACUCUGGCCAAGCGCCAUGUGGGCUACACGGCCGAGCAGUGCCGCACCAAGUGGAAGCACCUCAAGACCCAGUUCCGCUUUGAACAGGCUCGUUACCUGACGACAGGAGCCCACUCAGACCCUCUGCCGCACUUCUAUGAGGAAAUGAGCAACCUCUGGAAGAUGGCGGCCAGGUGCUCACCAAAGGCUGGGCCCUCAAAAUGGCCAAAACAACCUACCAAAGCAAAGACAGCCCUGCAACUCCAGAGGCAGAAUAAGGAAGAGGAAAUGCCUGCUCCACUCCCUGUGAAGCCUUCUGGCCCAGACCAGCCAGAAGUGUUACCUGGAACAUGGUCACAGCCUCCACAGGCAGUGACUCCCAUCACAGAGCAUCAGUCCAACGACAGUGAAACCAGUGAUGCGCCCAAAGAAGUGGAUGGAUGUGCAGCAAAUCAAGCAGCUUUAGGAAGAGAGACACUAGAGGAACCGGCCUUUCAGCAAGAGAAGCCUGAGGUCCCCUGUGACCCCAGAUACCAGCAGAUUGGGGAGACCAUGCUGGAGGAAUUGAGAAACCUGUCCCGAACCCAGCAGGAGAUGUCUGUGGUCAGCAUGUACAUUGCCAAAGCCCUCCAGUACCAGCAAGAACAGCUGAUCCCGGGCAUCCAUCUUCUAAAUCACAACAUGUACCAGCUCUGCCUGCUAUUGGCCAACCAGACGGAGGCCUCCCUCCACUCCGGGCCCUUUCUCCCCGAGAUGAUCAAUCCCAGCAUUGUCUUCUCUGGAUCUCCAGUUCCACAGCCUUAUCCUUCAGACUUUGAGCCUUCCGGUGGUGCCCACCCCAAGUAGGCUUCAGUUCUCUGAGAUGCAGCUCACAUUACCUUGGUUUCUUGGAAUGCAUUCUGUCUAAGUAAAUUUCAUGUGUUCCCCCUGUUUGGAAGGUUUGAGAUAAAGAUUUGGAUUCUA